CCCUAUAAAAGGCAUCCUAGUCCCACUCCGAAUCUCCCCCAACCCCUCAUCGAUCGCCCUCCUCGCUCCUCCCCCCAACUCGAUCGAGCGAUCCGAUCGAUCGGUCGUCACCCAAUGGAGAUGGUAGCAGUGCUGCAGCAGAGGGCCGGCGGCGGCGGGGCGAGGCCGGCUGCCGCCACGGCGCCGAUGACGGCCGCGGCGUCGUCGGCGAAGCAGGAGCAGGAGAAGGAGGAGGGCGGGUCGGCGGACGCGGAGCUCCGGCGCGGGCCGUGGACGGUGGACGAGGACCUGACGCUGAUCAACUACAUCGCCGAGCACGGCGAGGGCCGCUGGAACGCGCUCGCGCGCGCCGCCGGCCUGAAGCGCACCGGGAAGAGCUGCCGUCUUCGUUGGCUCAACUACCUCCGGCCGGACGUGAAGCGCGGCGACUUCACCGCCGACGAGCAGCUGCUCAUCCUCGACCUCCACUCCAGAUGGGGCAACCGGUGGUCCAAGAUCGCGUCGCAUCUGCCGGGGCGGACGGACAACGAGAUCAAGAACUACUGGCGGACGCGGGUGCAGAAGCACGCCAAGCAGCUCAACUGCGACGUCAACAGCAAGCGCUUCAAGGACGCCAUGCGCUUCCUCUGGAUGCCCAGACUAGCAGAGCGCGCCGCCGCCGCCCACCACUCAUCGUCGGCGUCCCUGCAGCAUCAGCAGCAGCAGGCCAUCAUCUCCGGCGACGGCCUCGGCGCUCUGCUGCCCACGGCCGCCGCCGCCGCCGGCUGCUUCGAGAUGGCGACCGCCAACGCCGCCGCCGACCGCUCCCCCUGCAGCGUGGUCACCACCACCAACAGCUCGCCCUGCAGUUCUGGGACGUCCUCCGGCUCCACCGCCGCCACCACCAACGACGACGACUGCUGGGCGGCGAUCCAGCAGGACCACGAGUUCUGGUCCGCCGCGUCCAACCUGCAGCACCUCACCGCCGGCAGCGCCGACCAGCAGCUGCUGUACUUCCCGCUGGCGGCGGACCUGCCGAUGCAGGCCGACCUCAGCGGCUGGGUGCAGGGCUUCUCCGAGGGCGGCUCUUCUUCGCCGGAGACCCACCAGCAGCUCUGGAGCCUCGACGACAUCUGGAGGAUGCACUGAAUAUAUACAAUCACUGUCGCUCAUACUACAUUUUCAUUUUUUUUUUCUUGCGAUCAAAUUGGGGCCACGAAGCAUGUGUAUGAUAGUAGUACAACGGAAGCUAGCUAAGGGAGACGGCGAUCAAGGAACGAAAGAAAAAAAAAGUGUUCGUUCUUUUUUUUUCUUCGUUUUUUUAUCUAUUUAGCUCUGACUCUAUCAUAGAUAGACAGUAGUAUAGCUAUCAGCAGUAUACUCAAGUUGAGAUUUCUUCUUCAGUUUGGGUUACUACAUUUGUGUUUUGGUUGGGAUCAAAGCUUCUUCCUGUCCUGUCAAGGGGCUUUUUUUGGCCUUC